UGAAGAUCUCAACACCACCGCAUGUCUCUGCUACAACUGCCGAGUGAAGCCAAACCGCCUCUAGUUACAAACUUUUGUCGCUUUUACGCACCAUGGUAGUUUGCUAAAAGCGCGUAAAACACGCAGACAAAAGCGCAUGCACCUCCUGGAGAAGAUGGAUUGUUGGAAAAAGUUCGACUCGACUUGUGCUCCGCACUGAAACACUCCCUGGGAUAGAAGAGGGAGGUAAUGCCGUGCAAACUUCUCCAAACUUUUCUUUGACUCGGUUCAUGGAGUUUUCGCGUUUUUUACGCGUCGUGCGGUUAAUGGUGGUGCCAGCGCUGCGCUAGUUUACAGGAAUCAGACUCCAGGCAAAAGUUUUCCUCGGACAUAAAGAGUGGAAGAAGCUCUAUUUGGACGUAAAAGAGACAACAGAGAAGGUUGUGACAGAAACUGAAGAUCAUCAUGGAGACAUCAGCUCCAACAGCCACUGAGAAGAAGGAGUGUAAGAGUUCAGGUUUGGAUGGAAGCAGCUUCUCAGAAAUCCCAAAGAAGCCAUCGCCCACCACUCUGACCAGAGGUGCCCACCCUCUCUUCCCCACUUUUCACACACCCAUCCCCAUCGACAUGAGACACCAUGAAGGACGGUACCAUUAUGAGCCACACCCACUCCACGCCAUGCAUGGACCUCCAGGACUGACGGGCAGCCCAGUUAUCUCAGAUAUUUCUCUGAUCCGUCUAUCGCCCCACGCUGCACCCGGGACAGGUGAAUCUCCAUUCAGCCCUCCACAUCCGUAUGUCAGCCCCCACAUGGAGCACUACCUCCGAUCAGUUCACAGCAGCCCCACCCUCUCUAUGAUCUCAGCGGCCCGAGGACUGAGCCCUGCUGAAGUGACCCAUGAACACCUGAAGGACCGUGCGCUGUUCAGCCUCCCCCCUCCCCCACCAGGAGCCAACCCCACAGAGUACUACCACCUGAUGGCCAGCCAGAGAAGUCCCUACGGUGACCUGCUGAUGCAGAGUGGAGCAGCAGCGGCCGCAGCAGCAGCCGCAGCGGCUGCAGCUCAUCUACCAGAUUACAUCAGUCCAGUGGACGUCUCACGUUUCUCCAGCCCACGUCUGACACCCCGGCUGAGCAGGAAGCGGGCGCUGUCCAUCUCCCCGCUGUCAGAUGCCAGCAUUGACCUGCAGACGAUGAUCCGCACCUCGCCAAACUCACUGGUGGCCUACAUCAACAACUCUCGCUCCAGCUCAGCAGCUAGCAGCUCCUAUGGGCAUCUUUCAGUCGGAGGCAUCAGCCCGUCAUUCAGCUUCCCUCACCCCAUAAACCCAGUGGCGUAUCAGCAGCUCUUGUCCCAGCAGAGGGGUCUAAACGCUUUUGGCCACACACCUCCUCUCAUCCAACCGUCGCCGUCGUCUUUCUCUGCUCGCCAACACCCGCUCACUGCCUCACCAAUGUCCACCUCCCACAAUAGCUCCAACUCUGAGGCCAACCAGAAUGCCAGUGGAGACCCAGCAGUCAGUAGUACGGUCAACCCAUUGAACACCAAAAGAUCGAAGGUUAAGACGGAAGCAGAAGGUCCACUUCCCAUUUCACCAUCCUCUCAGGACCUUGGUGGGGGUAUCCUGGACCUGAGUGAGGAUCUGGAUAAAGACGAGUGUAAACAGGAGCCUGAGGCCAUCUAUGAGACCAACUGUCACUGGGAGGGCUGCACCAAGGAGUAUGAUACCCAGGACCAACUCGUACAUCACAUCAACAAUGAUCACAUCCACGGGGAGAAGAAGGAGUUUGUGUGCCGCUGGGAGGAGUGUUCCAGGGAGCAGAAGCCCUUCAAGGCUCAGUACAUGCUGGUGGUCCACAUGAGGCGCCACACGGGGGAGAAGCCACACAAAUGCACAUUUGAGGGCUGCUCCAAAGCUUACUCUCGCCUGGAGAACCUCAAGACCCACCUCCGAUCUCACACUGGGGAGAAGCCGUAUGUGUGUGAACACGAAGGGUGCAACAAGGCCUUCUCCAAUGCCUCAGACCGAGCCAAGCACCAGAACCGCACACACUCUAAUGAGAAACCAUAUGUUUGUAAGAUUCCUGGCUGCACGAAGCGCUACACUGACCCCAGCUCUCUCAGGAAGCACGUAAAGACGGUCCACGGACCGGAGGCCCAUGUCACCAAGAAGCAACGAAGCGAUGUGCCUCCAAGACAGCAGCCACCCAAAGGCAAUGGGGAGAAUGACACAAACUCUAAACUUGGUGCAAGAGGCCUGGAUGGCAAGAUUGAUUCCAACAGCACAUCUAGAGGAAUGGAGGACUGCCUACAGGUGAAAUCGAUCAAGACUGAGAACUCCAUGACAUAUCAGUCGAGUCCUGGCGGCCACUCUUCCUGCAGCAGUGAGCCGUCGCCUCUCAGCAGUGCCAACAACAACGACAGCGGGGUAGAGAUGGCCAUGCACAGCGGAGGCAGCUUCGGGGACCUUAGUGCACAGGAUGAGUGUCCGAUGGUCGACUCCACUGUUCCCAUUGGGGGACAGCAGGCUGGUGUGGGGCUACAGAUGAGGAAAGCUAUGGGUCAUGAUGGCGGGGUCACUAUCAAGCUGGAGAACAUCAAGAAGGAGAGGCUGAAGACUGUGAGAGAGUCCUGUCCUUGGGUCAACUCUGCACCACAGCCACAGCAGGGCCAACGCAACCCUAUGAAGCUGCCUCCCAUACCUGCAGUCGGUUCCUUGCUGGAAAGCUCCAAUGUAAUGAGUAACUCAAGUGGUUCAUACCCCAGCCAGCGCAUGGGCGACCUGUCUUCAUGUGAAGUGACACUGCUGAACCAGUUAAACGAGCGCAGAGACAGCACCACCAGCACCAUGAGCUCAGCCUACACCUUGAGUAGGCGCUCAUCUGGUAUUUCCCCAUGCUAUUCCAGCCGCCGCUCCAGUGAGGCAUCCCAGUUUGGUGCCAACCGUCACAACAACAUCAGUUCGGCUGACUCCUAUGACCCAAUUUCCACAGAUCUGUCUCGCCGCUCCAGCGAGGCCAGCCAGUGUGGAGGUGGCGGUGUCGGUGGUGGGAGUGGAGGAGGUCUCCCGAGUAUCCUUAGUCUGACACCAGCUCAGCAUUACCGGCUCAAGGCAAAGUACGCUGCUGCCACUGGUGGAGCCCCACCAACCCCUCUCCCCAAUAUGGAUCGCAUGAGUCUAAAAACCCGUAUGGCACUAUACAGUGACUCCCAGGAAGGCUUAUCGCACUCAUUACAUCAGCCUCUCUCUGGAACUGUGCCUCGGAGGUGUAGUGAUAUUGGGUAUAGCAUGCAUAGUAUGAUGCCCCAUGAGGUACCAACUAACCUCCCACGCCGUGCAAGUGACCCAGUGCGUCGUCCCACACUGGACCCUCUCUCUCUCCCAAGGGUUCAGCGCUUUAACAGUAUGAACAACAUGAACCCAAUGAUUGGUCCGUCAGCUGAACGCUACCAGUCUCUGGCUGCGCAGGGAUACACACGCUCUGAUGGCAGCUUGCAACGCUACCCAUUUGCCCCCAGGCCACCGAGCAUUUCUGAGAAUGUAGCCAUGGAAAACAUGGCAGUAGAUGGGAUGAUGACAGGAGUAGAGCAGAGUGGAGAGGAGGACAUGGUACUGCCAGAUGAUGUGAUGCAGUACCUCAGGUCCCAGAAUUCUGGGCCUUCAGGACACAACUCGGGGCAAGUGGACUAUCGUGCCAACAAUCAGACUCAGGGCUACCAGACAGGAAUGCCCCCACCAGCAUCAUAUUAUGGCCAGAGGAGGAUGGCCAUGGUGGAUGGCACCAUGGGUCAGUCUGGGCAGGACAUGCAAUCAUGCCAUAUGGGCCCAGGCAGCUCCCAGCAGCCUUUCUCAGCACCAUCAAACAAUAUAAACAAAAAUAAUAUGCCGGUGCAGUGGAACGAGGUGAGCUCAGGGACUGUGGACACAACAACCAAGCUCUCCAAACAGCAGCAGCAUCCUCUCAGGGGGAACCUAGCUGUUGUCCAGCAAAGGCACAACUUUGGUUCCUUUCAGGGACAAGGUCAGAGUCUAGGCAGCAACCAACAGGUAGUGCCUAUGAGUCAAAACAUGUCUAUGCAGGCUUAUGGAAACCACAGCAGCCAGAGGCUGAUGAACAUCUCCCACCAGCAGCACCAGCAACAGAGGCAAUUCAACAAUGCAACCUUUAAUGAGCAAAUGAGUCCUCAGCAAGGGUUUGGCCAAGAGGCAAUCCCAAAUUCUUUGUCUGGGAGCACUAGUGUUCGACUUAAUAGGAAUGGGAUGGCCGAUCCAGAACUGCAAAGUUUAAAAGCAAGGACUGAUGGGUAUUCUCGUGUGAACCAAGUAGACCAGCAGCAAAAUUACAGUGUUAUCUCCCAGCAACAGCAGCAUAGUGCCCAUAAUGUUGGCAGAGGAAUGUUACAACCCAGGCCCCCCACAGAGCCCAAGUCCACUGGAAGACAACAUGCAGGAGCAAGUAUGAUGCAACUGAGCCAGACACCCAAGUCAUCUGCUCUGAGCCCCACUCGGGGUGCUGACACCUCAGAAGCAAGCCCUAAAAGGCCCAGUGGUUCCAUGACCCACACCAACAACUCUGAAAACCCAAACCCUGCUGUUUUCUACACAGGUCAGAUCCGUAUGUUUGAGCCAGCUUCUGUUGCAUUUGAUGCCCCUGUGUCCCACUGCUCCAGCCAGGCCCCUGCCAGUAACACCACUGCUGCAGCCAACAUGGCUUCCCCAGGAGUCAACCAAGUCUCUAGCAGCACCGUGGAUUCUUCCACGGGUGGAUCUGGUGGCACAGAGCAUGCCCAGAUCGACUUUGACUCCAUGCUGGAUGAUGGGGACCACUCCAGUCUUAUGUCAGGCACUCUGAGCCCUGGCCUUCUGCAGAGCCUCUCCCAGAACUCCUCACGUCUCACCACCCCUCGCAACUCUGUCACCCUUGCUUCUGUACCGGCAGGGAUUGGCAACAUGGCCAUCGGGGACAUGAACUCUAUGCUCACAGCCUUGGCUGAAGAAAGCAAGUUCCUCAACAUGAUAAGCUGAGAGCAAUCAAACACCUCAUCAUCCAUCCAGUCUUAACCAUUUCUGCAUCAGGAAUAUAUGGGAUACAUAAGAAAGCACUGAUUGAAUAAUGCAAAACUGUCUUAUUUGUCCACAAAAAUAGCCUGUAUUGUUAUAUGAGCUUCAAAUUUUUAUACAUUUUAAAGUGUAACUCCAAGUAUACUUAGGGUUAAGGACAUUUUUUUGUCAUUUUAUUGUUAAAAAGCCAUACAUCAUAACGACAAAUGCAUAUCCCAGGGGAUAUAAAUGUAUCUGCAAACAAUUGCCAUUCAGUAUUUACUGGUGUGUUAGCUCUUUACAAAAUUGUGCACUGAAACAGUCUACAAGGUACCUUGCUGAGAUUGAAUUUUAGCAUCUGAGUACAUGACAAGAGUUACCAGUUACCAUGAUGUGUAAAUAAAAAGUAUUUUCUCAUGAAGAUGUUUAUGUGUAUAGAUAACACUGUAUGGUACUGCUUUAAGUUAAGCUGUAGACUUUUGAUGUUUAAACUAGGGCUGUCAACAUUUCAGAUAUAUUAGACACAUACAAAUGAAAAUUGAAGUAUUUCUGACUUAAAAUGUACAUUUUUUUGCCUUAUGAAACCAUAUUGAUUUCAAAAACAUUUCUCACAUCAAAAACUGGAGUGGUUGUGUUACCUUUUGUGUGCUAAAAAAGCAGCUACAAGUGCAGAGAUUUGAAAUACAACCUGGCAUACACUGAAAUUUGAAAGUUCAGUCAGGAACACUCUCAUCAUACAUUGAAUCAUUUUAUUAAAAAAUGGAUACACAGUUUUUCUUGGCAGAGAAGGUCCUGCUCAAAAGAUGCUCCAUGAGUCAAGCAGCAUGUUUUGACUCUCCAGGGAGCGCAUAGCUAGAAACCUCCAUAUAGAUGGAUACAUUAAUGACAAUGGGAACUCAGUACAAUAUAUUAGUUCAAAAACAACUAAUCCAUAGGAGCAUGAACCUCAAUAUGAGGGUGCAACAAGCUUUAUGCUAUGAAUGAGGAGGCCUGGAUGGAGUAGGUUAUGAGGUGAUGAUGGCUGAAGUGAAGGCUGGCCACACACGUCAUGAUUUUAGGCUCGAAAUUAGACCUGAUUUGCCUUCCUUUAGGAUUGAGAGGUUGUGUCUCAAGAUUAAGUUAUUCGCAAAUGAUUAUUUGUCCAAAUAAUUUUCAAGUAUGUGGUGUCCACACAAAUAUUUCACUACUUCCUAAUGUGCCAGACUAACUUUGAAUCACAGAUAUCAAACAUAUUUGAUAUUCAACGUCCUAGGUCAGCCUGCCUCUGGUCAGAUAUGCAAUGAGAGCACAGAGUGCAGUGUCACUAACUGGGUGUUAUGUAGUUUUAAAGCUUGCAAACUUGCAAACAAAACUGGACCACCAGGGUUUUACCCUGAUUCUUUUCCUUGUCUUUUUUUUUUUUUUUUUUUUUUUCGCUGCAGUGCAUGUCAGGGCACCCAGAAUUUCCCUUCUGGGGAUCAAUAAAGUAUUAUUUUAUCUCCUAUCUAGCCAAGGAUUUCAGUCAUCCCCCAUUUUUGUAUUUCUCUUACACAUUUGAUCAUGAGUUUCUAUGAGACCUUAGGUAGGUGCCAAAGCCUACUAAACCAAAUUCCUAUACGAUGCUACUUUAAACAGAGGAAGAUGGGUUGUUAACGCUUCAAACAAUACAUCUAGAAAUUCAUACAUGUUUUUAAAGGAAAUAAAGCUGAAUUUAUUGAAAUUGUAGACAUCUAAACUUAAUCUGGCUUUUUGCUGCGUUUCAGAGUCUGAAAUUUGAGAUUUUUAACAUCUUACCUUGUAAACAACUUCUGUGUUUUGAGUUUUAUUGUAUAAAGGUUGUUUGUGAUUCUAAGAAGACUGCAGAAAAUUGUCCAGGAAACUUGUUGAAUGUUAAUAGCAAUAAAUGCUGUUAGAUAUAGAAUACUGAAACACUGACAGCCCUAGUUUAACCACCUGGUUGUACAUCAUUAUGUUCCACAGAUAUUAAGUGCUUGUGAUCAUGGUUUCAGCUCUCGGGGAUGGUAAAGCAAAUUUACAUUUCCUUCUUCACCCUGUGCAUCAGAGGCACAACUCUCCCCGGUCCAAUCUCACAAGGGUAAAUGAUUGAAACGGACAAGGAUAUGCCUCUGUGUUAGUUUAUCAGAGCACAUGAACCCCUGUGUCUGAUGAGGAGCAUUCUCUAAAAGAAUAUACAAGUACCUCUGUGUGUUCUCAGCAGAGAUCCAGCCCUAAUUAACACAUUCAUACCAACCCCCCUUCGCUGCACCCCAUGCUUCCCCCGAGCUCUGAUGAACUGCAGAGAGUCCAGGAAGGGACACAGACUUUGAUUAUUAAAACUCCUCUUUCUGACUGGAUUGGCAAACUAGUCCUGCCAGUUCCUCAGUUUUAUUAUGUUUGCUGAAUUUCUAAGUAGCCUUUAAAAUGUUUGUGUGUAUGCUACCAUUCACCUUUACUAUGCUCAGUGUGUGUGGGGGUUUGUGCGAGUGUGUGUAUAUAUCUUUUGUACA